UGUCUUUUCUGAGAUUUGGUAUAAUUCUCUGAAUUUUAUUGUCAUUCUUUUUUUUUUUAAAAAAAAAGCAGAAACAUACCCAGGUAUACGACUACAUACAAUCUGCGAUCAUGGCGACAGCACAGCCUGUAGUAGUGUCGAUAGCUGACCUCAAAAGUGGAAACAUCUCUUUUGAGACACUACAAGAAGCAUUCGGCCCCGAAUCUCUGGGAAUUCUUGUAGUCAAAGAUGUCCCAGCCGAAUUCCCACAGCUGCGACGGCAGCUCUUGUCUUAUGCAUCUUACAUGGGCAGCCUAUCAGAGGCAGACUUCGAAAAAUUCACAAACGAAGCAGCCAUGUAUCUUGUAGGCUGGUCCAAGGGCAGGGAGAAGCUCAAGGACGGGGGCGCCGACGAGUACAAAGGCUCCUUCUACGCGAACUGCGCAUUCUACGUUGACCCAUCGCUGGAAUCAGCAACGCCCACGGAGAAAUUCCCCCUCGAGAAGUUCCCAGAGUACCUGGCGCCAAACUCCUGGCCCCCCAACGAGAUGCUACCCGGUUUCCGACCCACAAUGGAGCAGAUGUGCCGCCUCAUAAUCGACACCGCCGUGCUCGUCGCGCGCGCCUGCGACAAGUAUGCCGAGAAGGAGAUCCCGGGCUACCCCUCCGCCUACCUGGAGACAGUCGUCAAGUCGUCGUCCACCACUAAAGCGCGGCUGCUCCACUAUUACCCCAUGCCCGAGGAAGCGCUGGCCAAAAAGGGGCAGGAGGAAGAAGAUAAUUGGUGUGCGGUGCACAAGGACCAUGGGUGCCUCACCGGCUUGACAUCGGCUAUGUUCAUCGACGAGCUCAAGACAGACCCGACGGUGCCCGUCAGCUUCGGUAAUGACAGCAAGGUCCCGAAUUUACUGCCGACGCUAGACGAACUACCCGGAUCACCGGACCCACAGGCCGGGCUGUGGAUCAAGGACCGAAAAGGGGUGUCGGUGCAGGUCAAGAUCCCACGGGAUUGCAUCGCGUUCCAGACAGGCGAGGCGCUCGAGAGGAUCACAGGCGGCAAGUUCAAGGCCGUGGAGCACUCUGUCAGGGGCGCGUAUGCCAAGGGAGUUGCUCGGAAUACUUUGGCGGUCUUUACCCAGCCUAAUCUAGAUGAUGAAGUUGACCUGGACCAGCAUAUUAACUUCGGGGAGUUUGCGAGGGGCAUUAUAGCUAAGAAUACGGUCUGAUGCUGGCCGCCGACGAGAAUUUACUAAGAUUAUGGCCAGGGAGUGUGCUACAUCUGGGCUACCAGAAGCUGUAGAAGGUGUUAGGGCAUGAUACGGUCUUUCAUCUAGGCUGGAGGUUGUGGGAGAUGAAUGUGUUGGGAAUGACGACAGGUUACGCUGGAGACCGCGAGGGCCAGGGGUGGGAUAGAAAGGGGCGGUUUGAUAUUUUACUAUGAGACGAUAGGGGCAUGACGAUGAGGGCAUAACCUCCUAAAACCUGGGAGAGAAACACAUCAGAAUUACCCUUGUAAUUUGAUCAUUGGGAGAGAGGCUGCCACAUCACGUGAUCUCACUUCCCCCUUUUCUCUAUUCAUGACGUCCAUUCCAUCCUCCCCGCCUCCAAUCCGCUGU